AAAAUAAAGACCAUAUGAAGAUAUUAUUGAUACAAGUUGCAGGUUUUAUAGUCCUGUUAUGUGUAUUAUUAAGAAAAUAGGAGAGAUAUUUUAUUACUUUGUCCCUUCGGUGGUCAUGACAUUCAAUGAUCGAAGACGUGCUGAAGGAGAUUUUAUAUUGGGUUCAAGUUUGAUAGUGAAAGCCGAUUUAGACAACGCCGAAUUGCGUGAACUGUAUCCGGUUAAUAUAAUUGAGGUGAUUAUAUCGCGGCGAAUUAAACGGGCUUGUAAAAUUGUUGGGCUUAGUAAAGAAAGAAUUCCUAAAAGAUUAAUAGUUGCUGUACCGAAUGGUAAACUUCCGAGUGAAGGUAGAUUGCGUUAA